AUGAUCAGAGCUACAGCCAUGCACCGGUCAAUUGUGCAGCGUCGCAUGCUGAGCACCGCCUCUCGGCUCCAGCAGGCCGCCAAGCCCGCUACCGGCUCCACUGUUGGAACAGCCAAUGGCGCCUCUGCUGCCUCGGGCAAGCCUCCCGGAGCCACCUUUGAGGGAGCCUCCAAGCAGAAGAAGAAGACUCACAAGUUCCGAAACUUUGUGCUGCUCUCCACCUUUGUCGGCGCCGGCGCCUUUGCCGGAGGUGUUUAUUACUCCCUUCAGAACGACCAGUUCCAGAGCCUGUUUGUCGAGUACGUGCCCGCGGCCGAGCACGCCAUCAACUACAUUGAGGAGCAGCAGCUGCGAUCCGGCCGACUCAAGAUCGCGACUCCCACCUCCAAGCAUGACGUUGACCAGUCCACCGUCCGAGUGCCCAAGUCCGGUGCUACCUGGCGAGCGGUCGACUCCACCGAUGCUGCUACUUCUGCCAAGUCUGCAUCUUCUCCCGCUGCCAACGUGGCCAAGGACGUCGCUUCCCCCGCUCCUGCUGCCACCGCCUCCCCUGUCUCUAGUGGUUCCCCCAAGACUGACAACACCACCGUGCCCGCUGUGCGACUGGCUAACGACUCUGACCCCGCCGUCAAGGCCGCCGUCCAGACCUUCAAUGAUCUGAUCGCCGUGGCCCCCUCUGGUGCCGCCAAGCAGCUCUCCGCCAAGGUCUCCACCGUGGUCGACCAGCUGCAGCACAACGUGGCCCAGAUCAAGUCUGAGGCCGCCGAGGAAGCUAAGAACUCCAUCAACAAGCUCAACAGCGAGCUGGCCAAGCUCAAGGCUUCCACCGGCGAGGAAAUCUCGUCUAAGGUGUCUGCCGCCGAGCAGCAGCUGCGAAACGAGUUUGCCGCUCUGCGAGCCCACUCUGAGAAGGUCUACCACGACCGUCUCCGAGUCGAGAUUGAGGCCACCAAGUCCCUUGUUUCUUCUCACGCCAACAACCUGAUUCAGGCCGUCGAGGCCGAGCGACAAAAGCAGUACGCCCAGGAGAUUGCCGAGCGAGUCGAAACCGAGCGAGAGGGCCGUCUCUCCAAGCUCAAGGACCUCCAGACUUCCCUCACCCAGCUGCAGGACCUGGCUCUCAAGACCGAGCAGGCCGUUGACGCCUCCGGCCGAACCGCAGCUCUGCAUCUUGCCAUCGCUAAGCUCACCGGUGCUCUCAAGGGUUCCGAGCCCGUGGCCCUCGGCCCUUACGUCGAGUCCAUCCGACGGGCUGCUGGUGACGAUCCUCUGCUGCAGGCCGCUCUGGACUCUAUUCCCGAGGUCGCUCAGACCGAGGGAGUUCUUACCCCUGCCCAGCUUACCAUUCGAUUCAAGCUGCUCGAGCCUGAGCUACGAAAGUCCUCUCUGGUUCCUGUUAACGCCGGUGUCGCCGGUCAUCUGGGCUCCCUCAUUUUCUCCUCUCUGCUGUUCAAGAAGAGCGGAGUGCCCAAGGGAGACGACGUCGAGAGUGUGCUUGCUCGAGCCAACAUUGCUCUGGAGCAGGGCAAGCUAUACGACGCCGUGGCUGAGGUCAACACUCUCAAGGGAUGGCCCCGAAAGCUGGCCUCUGACUGGCUGGACGAGGGUCGACGACGAACCGAGAUUGAGUUCCUCGCCGACGUCAUUGCCGAGGAGGGCAAGCUGUACGGAGCUCUUUCUAGCAAGAAGUAG